GAAAGACGAUUUCGGUGGACGACCGUCUGCUGCAGCCGGUGGGCGGCGAGCAGCGACACCUGAGGCUGCUGAGCCGGCUGGAGAGAGGCCGGAAGAAACUCCGCAGCAUCCACAGCCCGGGAACCUCGGGGAGGUACGACACCAGGAAAAAGUCGGACAGUAAGACCUCCCGCUUGGCUCAGAGGUGGAACCAGAGGUCGGCAGGAGAUGCUCUGAUCAAAGACCUGAAGCCGCUGUACUACCCGGGAGUCUCCCGAUCCUCACUCAGCCUGGACAGCAGACGCCUCCCGGGUGUUAUGACGCAGCAGAUGCAGAACCUACAGUUGUCCCAGACCAGGAAGUGCCCCGGCGGGCCGGCCUCCCCCAAUGCCGCCAAGCGCCUCUACAGGAACCUGUCGGAGAAGCUGCGAGGAAGCACCUCCUCCUUCGAAGACGCCUACUUCUUUGGCAAGACGGAUCGGCUCCGUAAAGCCUCGACGAUGCAGGGCAGCGACUGCAUCUUCGAGGCGGUGGAGCAGCAGGACCUGGACGCCGUGCAGAUCCUUCUGUACCAGUUUUCGGCCGAGGAGCUGGACCUGAACACCCCCAACAGCCAGGGCCUGACGCCGCUCGACAUCGCCAUCAUGACCAACAACACGCCCAUCGCCAAGCUGCUGCUGAAAGCCGGCGGCAAGGAGAGCCCGCACUUCGUGAGCGUGGAGAGUCGCGAGGCUCACCUGAACUCUCUGGUGCUGGAGGCGGAGCGGCGGGCGGUCGACCUGGCGGCUCAGGCUCAGAGGGACGGCCUCUCGCUGGAGGCCUGCCACAAAGACAAACAGCUGAGGGCGUGGGAGUGGAGGUGCAAGCUGUACAAACGCAUGAGGACGGGCUUCCAGCACGCACGUGCCCCGGAGGCCCCGUCCAUGGUUCGACUGACCGUGAGCAGUAGCAGCACUCUGACCGUCACCUUCCAGGAACCGCAGUGUCUCAACUCCACUGUGGUGACCAAGUACAGAGUGGAAUGGAGCUGCCUGAAGGACUUCUCGCUGCUCGCCGGAGAGAUGUUGUUGGAUAACCUGCAGAGCCUCAAGUGCACCAUCAGCAGCCUCACCACGGGUCGGCUCUACUACGUUCGAGUGUCGGCUUAUAACAUGAAGGGCUGGGGUCCGCCCACCUCCUCCCUCCCUCCAUCUGCAGCUCCAUCCAAUUGGCGGGAGAGCGACGGCCGGGAACCCAGGAGGCGGGGCCACAUCGAGGCCAUGGAGCGUCUGCUGCAGCAGGUCCGAGCGACUCACACACACUACUGCUGUGGAGAUGUCUCUAAGCUGCAGAACCCCAGCAGGAAGCAGUCUGUCUCCAGAAGUCUGAAACAUCUCUUCAACUCCUCCAACAAGUUUGUAAAGACACUGAAAAGGGGGAUCUACCUGGCGGCUGUGUUCUACCAUAAGGACAGUUUACUGGUGACGGCCGAGGAGCAGAUCCCCAUCGUGGAGGUCGAUGACUCGUACAGCAGCUCGCUCAUGCAGGACUUCCUGUGGUUCACAAAGCUGUCCUGCAUGUGGGAGGACGUCCGGUGGCUGAGACAGAGCAUGUCGGUGUCCAUGUCGUCGUCCUCCACCCUGCAGGCCAGGCACAAGAUGCUCACCGCCGCCGGCCAGCUGCAGAACCUCCUGGGAACCCACAACCUGGGUCGGGUCCACUACGAGCCCAUCAAGGAUCGCCAUGGCAACGUGCUGCUGGUGACGAUCCGCGACACGGAGAGCCAGCACUCGCUGUUCAGCGGGAAGUGGAUGCAGGUGACCAAACUGCAGAGCCAGAGGAAGUCUCUGUCCACACCCGAGGAGCCCUACGCCCUCGACAUCCUCAUCAUCACCAUACAGGACAUUUUGGCGUACCAGCGGCGCAGCACCCACCGGCUCGCCCCGGGACUGUACCUGGGCUACCUGAAGCUCAGCAGCUCCGUGGACCAGAUCAAGGUCCUGGUGUCCCAGCGGACCCCCAACAUGCUCUGCCACACUCGCGUACGAGACAACGCCAACGUGUCCAGAGAGGAGUGGGACUGGAUCCAGACGCUGGCAGCCGCAGGAGAGAAGGACCGCAACGAGGAGGACGGCCAGGAGGCGGAGCCCCGGGCAGAAAGCCACGCCCCUUUACUGUACUAUGAGCUGCAGACGGCGAUCAAGUCCCUGCUGAAACACAUCAACCUACCUCUGCACCAGGCCCGUCACUUCCGGCUCUACAGUCAGGAGGUGGUGGAGCUCGGUCACGGCGUCUCCUUCCUGCUGCUGCUGCCCGCCGCCGAUGACGUCUGCUCCGCCCCCGGACAGUCCAACCCCUACACCCCGCUGUCGGGGUUCCUCCACCUGCCCCUGCAGAUGUUCGAACUCGUGCACUUCUGCACCUACAAAGAGAAGUUCAUCAGCCUGUACUGCCGCCUGUCCUCCGUCCUCGACCUGGACGCCCUUAUUACCCAGCAGGCACUGCGGGAGGCCAUCACUGACGGCGAGGUGGCCACGGCCAAGCAGAGGCACCAGCUCAUCCUGGAUUACAUCCAGCAACUGGACGAGAUGCGGCGGGACCUUCGCUGGAUUACGGACGCCCUACAAUAUGCACGCUACAAGCAGCCUCGAGGCGGCGUGCCCAUCACCUGCUUGGUGGAUGCCAGCGUUCCUGAGAGUGACUCCGGUCAACAGAAGACUGACUCCACUUCCUCAAACAUGGACUACCUGCCCACACCGUCUCCUUCCCCAGAGCUCCGCCGGAGGAAAGCCAUCAGCGAGUCGCUGCUGGGCUCAGAUGAAGAUGCAUCCUCGGAGGUGUUCCUGCCCACAGACAGCGACUAUGACUCCAGCGAUGCCCUGAGCCCCCGUGACCUGGAUCUGCUCUAUUCUCCCAGCCAGGAUCUGUCCCAGCAGGCCCUGCACUCGCUGGGCGGCAGCGCCCCGGACGUGCUCCAAAUCAACGAGCUCCGGUAUAGCGUGUGCCCAGCUAAAGAUCUCCCCCUCUCCCCCGUGGUGAAGGAUCCUAAGGAUGCUUCCCUCUCCUCACCUCUCCUCCCUCGCUCGCCCUCUCGCUCUCGAACCCUGCCCACCUCCCCCUCCCUCCCCCUCUCCCCCAGGUUCUCCAAAGAUCUUACCCUGUCCCUGCCCCUGUCCCCGGCUCUGUCUGACACCACCCGGACUCUGGAGGGCCUCUCGCUCUCAAAGAGCCACCACGAGGGCCCCACCCCCCUCCGGACCCUCGCCAACCCACCCGCCAAACGCAAGAUCCUGUCCAGGAGCCACCGCGGGCAGUACUUCAGUGGGCCCCAGCGCUGGCUCAGGGGCCACAGCGGGGAGAGUCACACCGGAUCGUUGUCAGAGGGAAUCUACACCAAGCAGCUCGACCCCGACCUGCCCCUGCCGGGAGACCUGCCCUCCCCGCAUGGCACCACCUUUGUCAGCCACACCUCCUGUGUCCUGGAGAGCCGCAAAAUCCGACACCGGGAGCCGCGACCGCACGUUCGCAGGAUAUUCGUUGAGCCCUGCAAAGAGCUGUCACCGGGCCACGAGAGGAGGGGGUGGGAGGAGGAG